AUGGAUAAAGCCAAAGAACAUAAUUUAUCUGUAAUAAUUCUGAAUCCAAAUCAAACAAGUUAUGUUGUUGAAAAAUCAAACGAUACUGAAGAUACAGUUUCAGUUAACAAGGAAGAAAUUGUGGCUGGCGAAAGUACAAAUUCUACUAAUGAACAACAGAAUACUGCCGAUGUAAAUACAACUUCUACUGACAAGGAAGUCAAUGCUACUAAUGAACAAAUUCCUACUGUUAAUGAAGACAAAGACAAAAAAGAAGAAAAAUCUGAUGAUAAUGAUGUUGUUUCUUUUUAUUUAUCUUCGGAUCCACUUCCACGUCCAUUAACACAAAAAAUUCCAAAUUUAUCAACAAGUCGGGAACAUGUUCUUUAUGUUUACGAUCAUAUUAUAACACAAUCUCCAGCAAAAAAAUUUUAUAUUGUUGCACAUUCUGCAGGCGGUGAUUGUUUAAUGUAUUUAUUACGUAAACGUCAAGAUAAUAUUUUACCAAAUCUUGCUAAAAUAGCCUUUACUGAUUCAGUUCAUUCGUUAUUACCAUUAGAUUCGUCUGAAAUUAAAACUUUUUUUAAAGCCAAUGCUUUACAUUUUGUUGCUAGUGAUGAACCAAUGGGAACAUUAAUUGAUUAUGUAUAUGAUUUUUCUCAAAGACCAGCUUGUCAAGAAGUAUCAGCUGGACAUCCAAAACAUGAAUAUACAUCAGGAUAUAGUGUUCAGGGAGUUUUUCAAUUUUUCUUUCCUCCAGAUGAUACUACUGAUGAAAAUAUAGAUAGAAUAAAAUUAUAA